UUUCAUAACUGCGCAGCGGCGGACCGGAAGGAAGUGGGUGUUAGCUGGCUGACGUUAGCGAGACAUAUUUACGAAGUCGGCUGCGGCUUCUAUGGAAGAGAUGUCAGGAGAGAGUGUGGUGAGCUCGGCAAUGCCUGCAGCUACAACCCGGACUACGUCCUUCAAGGGCUCCAGCCCCAGCUCUAAGUAUGUGAAGCUAAAUGUGGGUGGGGCCCUGUACUACACUACAAUGCAGACACUGACCAAACAGGACACAAUGCUCAAAGCCAUGUUCAGUGGCAGGAUGGAGGUCCUCACAGACAGUGAAGGUUGGAUCUUGAUUGAUCGCUGUGGGAAACAUUUUGGAACGAUCCUCAACUAUCUUAGAGACGGAGCCGUGCCGCUCCCAGACAGCCGGCGGGAAACUGAGGAACUGCUCGCUGAGGCCAAGUAUUACCUUGUCCAGGGCUUAGCUGAUGAAUGCACGGCUGCCUUGCAGAACAAAGAAACUUAUGAACCUCUUUGUAAAGUGCCUCUGAUGACAUCAUCUAAGGAAGAGCAGAAGCUUAUUGCAACAUCAAAUAAGCCUACUGUCAAACUUCUGUAUAACAGAAGCAACAACAAAUAUUCAUAUACCAGCAAUUCCGAUGACAACAUGCUGAAAAAUAUUGAGCUAUUUGACAAGCUGUCCUUACGUUUCAACGGGCGAGUCCUUUUCAUCAAAGAUGUGAUUGGAGAUGAGAUCUGUUGUUGGUCAUUUUAUGGCCAGGGGCGUAAGAUUGCUGAAGUUUGCUGCACGUCCAUUGUUUAUGCCACAGAAAAGAAGCAGACAAAGGUUGAGUUCCCUGAGGCGCGCAUCUAUGAGGAGACCCUGAACAUCCUUCUGUAUGAGUCCCACGAUGGGAGGGGUCCAGACAAUGCCCUGCUGGAGGCCACAGGAGGUGCUGCAGGACGAUCUAAUCAUCUGGAUGAGGACGAGGAGCGAGACCGAAUUGAACGAGUUCGUAGGAUUCAUGUCAAACGACCUGAUGACCGCACACACCACCACCAGUGACCCGCCUCCUUUGACCCGUCAGCCUGUGUCUCGGACCCUGGACAGUCUUUGCACCACGCUUGUGCCUUACAACACCCAGCGCCUCUCGCUCUCUCUCAUGCUCACUCUCACACUCUUAUUUUAUCAGCUUUCUCUAGGAGACUACUAUGAGAUGAGUCAUACAACAGAGUGCAGUGGUUAAGUGAUUUUGUGUUUGUUUGUGUGUCCACUUGUCCUCUUUGUUGAGUGGUCGACAGGCUGUUGUGAUCGUUAUGAUUACUCCUAUCAUUGUUUUCUGCUCAUGUGCAAUGAAAACAAAAAAUAUAUUGUCAGUAUACAUUUGUUAAUUGAGGCGUGAACUAGAUUACAUCUAGGAGAACAAUAAUUAUAUUGAGUAAGCAGCUAAAAAUUAGUGUAUAUAAUUUUUACUUUCCUUGUGGUCCUGACGGGUCCACUGCAACAGCAGUGGAUGAAGAUGUUGAACACAAUGAGGCCACAUGGUGGCACUGUUUUACUCUUAGAAGAUGUUUUCAAGGCUAUUUUGUAGCCUGCAGAUACUAGCAAUUAAACCUUUUUAAAAUAUAAUUUUUUUGAUAUAUGUAAGAUAUCACAGGUGGAUGCAACAUUUUACUGUAGUGCUUCUGCCACAUUUACUUUAACAAUAUGCAUUUCCCCUUCACUAAAUGAUUAUUAUUCUCAGUGGAGGAAACUUGAGCUGUGUCCUGAGGUGUUAAAUGUACUGGGUUGAUUGAAUGAUGGAUGCUGAGGUUGAAGUGAAUGACUGUUACCAGAGAUCUACCCGGCAGGAAGGGAAUCCUGUCUACAAGCUUUUUAACAGGGAGAGAAAUUAGACCUGUCCUUCGUCGCUGCAUUCAUCGGAGAAUGUCCUGUUUGCACACAAUAGGUUUAAGUUGAAAUAUGUCUAACAAUCACCCUACUUGUAGUUCUGUUGCACAGAAGUGACCAUAUAUGUAUGUUUUAUAUUUAUAUCUACUUUAUCACAAAUAAAUUUUUACAACCA